AUGAAACGAAAAAUAUUCCAAAAACCAGAAUUUAUCAAUUGGAAUCACAUUUUUUGUAACUUCACGACAUUAUUUAAUUAAAAGCACUAAUUAAUAACAAACUGAAGUAGCCUUCAUACCCGCCAAAACUACGUGCGACAGCAGACGACCUUUUAAAUGACAGUUGUAAAAAUAUCAAGCGAGAGAGAUUAUAAAAUUGUCAGCGUUCCUUUCAAGAAAAAGCCCAUCAAUUCCAACCACACUAAACAAUGAAGAGAAGAAAAAAUGAAACUUUUUUAUAAAACUAAUUACCAGAUGAUAGUGCAUAAAUAGUUGAACCUCCUUUGUGGUUAUUGGAGGAAAGCGCCCUGUCAAAUUUACUCCGUUGCCACGAAUGAGUUGCGUCCAACCAUCGAGCAAACACAUUACUCUUCCUAAUUGCAGAAAAUAUCAUCGUUUUUCUUAAAAACUGGCGUGAAAUGUUGCUAGUGACAUUAUUUAUUCGAAAUAAUUUAUUCGGAGUGAAAAGUGAAGUUCUGUGGUGAAAUAUAAACACGUAAAAUGUAGAGCGAUGGAGAUUUGCUUCUUGCAAUCAUGGCGGAAGUUUUUUGCGAUGGAUUUGUUCUGAAAACAUUUCUUCGCAGAUUCGAAUAGAAAAACACUAAACUAUUUUAAAAACGGACACACUUUUACUUAAACUUGACUUGAAACACAAAAUAAAAAAAUAAAAAAAUACUCACCACGAUGUGUGAAAUAAUGAAAAAGCUCAUAAAGAGCAAAGAAGUGCAGGAGAGAUGCUGCGACUGGGUGGAAUCUCAAAAGGAUAUUUCCCUUCUUGAAGAUCCUUUGUUUAUUCCAAAAUCAAAUGACAGUGAUGACUUCGAUACCGAUUCAGAAUUUGACUCUGUUUCACAAUGUGGAACAAAACGACGCCGAGUGGCUCUGCCAAUGAAAGAUGAGAAAUUGGACAUGUUGUGUGAAUGGAAAAACUGUGACUUUAGACACAAUUCGUCGAAAAAAUUUUUGGAUCAUAUGGGAGGUCAUAUUCCAGAAUUGGAAUUGAAGAUUGUGGGCGAUAAUAAUGCAAUAUAUGUGUGCGGAUGGACAAGCUGUCCUUAUGAAACUACUUUGUCAAAUGAAAUUACUUGGCAUGUUUAUUAUCAUUCUUAUCACACGAAGCUCAGGUCCAUCGGAAUCAACAUCAGGCAGAGGACAAGAUUACCGAAAUGUCUCUUAGAAACGGGCUGGACAAUAAUUGAGUUGCCGCCAACUUUGAUUUGUCAAUGGGACGAUUGUCCGAAAAGUUUCAAUAAAUAUCAAGGAUUACUCGAUCAUGUUACGAUUCACGUGGAAAAAAAUCCUCGGGGAAACAAAGUCGAAGGUGGGGUAAAAUGCAAGUGGGCAGGCUGCCAAGGAAAAUUCGCGAGUGUCUACAAAUUGAGAGAUCAUGUACGAAGUCACACCAAAGAGAAGAUCGUUGCUUGUCCAGAUUGUGGCUUUAUGUUUUCGACAAAUUCAAGAUUUCGGGAACAUUGUGAACGGCAAAUUCCUCUCGACAAACAGGGAUUCCAGUGUUCUCAUUGUAAUAAAUUUUAUGCGACUGAAAAAAUACUGAAAGAUCAUAUGAGACAGCAUAUAUUCACGCACAAGUGCAGCAUGUGUGAUAUGAGCUGCGAAUCAGUAGCAGCCCUUGCAAAACAUAUUCGUUACAGACAUUUGAAUGACAGGGCUUUUGCAUGUCAAUUGUGUAAACAUGCUGCCAAAACUCAACAGGAUCUCGAUUAUCAUAUGUCAGUUCACACCAAGGGACCAAAUUUUUUUUGCACAGUCGAUGGCUGCUUAUAUCAAUGCAAAAACGCCUACAUUUUAGAUAGACAUGUCGAGAAAGUUCACUGCCAAGAGGUGAGAUGGUAUUGUUGCCACGAAUGUCCCGUAAAGUAUCAAAAAAGUUACAGACUCUCGAGACAUUUGAUGGAUGCACAUGAUUUGCAGUUGCCUAGCGGACACAAGCGCUUUCAAUAUAACAAAGACGUGGAUGGAUGUUAUAGAGUUCAGACAAUCCGAUACGAAAGUGUUGAUGACGACGAGUUGAAACCUGCAUCGACAGCAGAUACUGUGCUUCCGGAAAAGAAUUAUACUUUGAAAAUCACUCAGGAUUCAGCAAUUCAUGUCGUAGUAAUGGAAGCAGAAGAUGGCCCAAAAGUAGCCAAAAAAAUAAAAAUGAAAACGGAAGAAGAGAUGGAAGCAGAAAAUGAGCGUAAAGUAAAAAAUAAAAUGAAAAUUAAAGCGGAAGAAGAAGAUAUGGAAACAGAAAAUGGGCCAAAAGUAAAAAAUAAAAUGAAAGUGAAUGCUGAGGAAGAAAUGAUGAAUGAAUUAGGAAAAUCGAUGCCUGUUAUUUCCAACAUUUUGAUCUCUAUUGACGAAAUGGACGAGGAGGGAAACAUCAUUCGAAGUAAAAUUGUCGAAACUCAAGAAACGAAUGUUUUGCCUCCAUCUGAAGAACCUCCAAUUAUUUUAACUUAAUGAUGAUACGGAUAUGAUUAUUUAUCAUCAAAAAUACGUGAUAAGUGUUAUUAUUUUUCCCAACUGCGAUACGUUGAUUUGCUUAGCUUUUAUUAUCAGAACCUUGGCGUACAAAUUAUUUUAUUAAGCGACUGAGUCUUCUUAGGUAUGUUUAAUAUGAAGAUUAUGCUGCAGUAAAAAAAGCAUGAAUAAUCAAUAAUUUUUAGUAGAAAUUUGUGAAAAUUGACGAAUAGAUAUUGAAAGGA